AUGUCUUCAAUAGAUUUUGAUCCGUCUAUCAAACUAUGUCUCAAAUACUUACACUCGAGUGCGUCUGAUUCUACUGAACAAUUACGAUUAACCUUAGACGAUACCAUCCGGCAAACUUACGGAAGCUCAAAAACUCUUGGCAAUACUUUACCGAAAAAGUAUAUCAACGAGGAAAAGACUUCAUCACCGUCUCGGUCCAAACAUAAGAGCGAUAAGGUUUCAAGUAGCGCCAAAACUAUUCCUAUUCCGCAGCAGAGUCCGCAGCAAAUACAAAUUCCUGAGAGGGAAGGUGAUGUUAUGGAUGAUGGGGAGUUAGCUUUCGAUCUGCUACAAGAAGAUCUUACCUGUGUGGUGUGUCGGCAAAUAGCAGUACAGGCAGGAAACCGUUUGGUAGAAUGCGAUGCUUGUCAUGCUUUGUACCAUCAGGAUUGCCAUAAGCCUGUUAUUAGCGACAAUGACAUGAGCUUGGGAUGGCAAUGUUCAUCGUGUCUGACAUCUCAAGGCUUUCCCUAUGGCACCAAAGCAAUACCAAAGUCUCCGACUAGAAUAACCGAGGCAACAACACCAGUAAAAAUAACCACAAGUGGAACAGCAUCUUCACCACCAUCGAAGGUUGUUACACCCAAUAUUAACAUAAUAUCAGCUGAUAAAAGAAUUCAAAUAAUGAAAAAGAAGGCAGCCAAACAACAUGAGAAGAAAAAAAGUAAAUGA